GUCCCAUGUCUGUGGGCCGUGUAGUCUCGGCCGUGCAGUCUCUGCUUCAGAUGAACACAUGAUGCCCAGAGGACGACUUAUUCAUGCUUUUAUUUCGCCUAAAGGCUCUUUUGAAAAUGACAUUUUAAAAAUGGUCUCCAAUGUGCACUCAGCUUUUUGGAAACUUGCUAGCAGAAUAAAAGUGCAGAAGAGCAAUCACCACCAUCACUGGGACCAAAGCUUCUGCCAUCCCCCACAUGUGAGCCACAGUAAGACAUGGAGCAGCCCCAGCCACCCACACAACCAUCAGGACCACUGCAAAUCCCUGGUGAGUGGUGGCUUCUCCCCUUCCUCCACAGUCACUUCAGGCUUCAGCAGCCAGGGGAGCAACACUCUGCCCUGCCCCAGUGCUCCUGUUGCCCCCACCAGCCCCCGAAGCUCCACAGGCCGGAGGAGGACCAGGAAGAAGGACCACAAGAGCUCGUUGUCCCUAGCCUCCAGCUCCGUGGGCCCUGGAGGUCAGGUCUUUCAUGUGGAAACAAGUGAGGUGGUCCUGAGGGGAGAUCCGCUCACAGGUUUUGGGAUCCAGCUUCAGGGUGGUGUCUUUGCCACCGAGACCCUGUCCGCUCCCCCAGUCAUUCGCUUUAUUGAGCCCGACAGCCCAGCCGAAAGGUGUGGGCUUCUGCAGGUCGGAGACAGACUUCUAUCCAUAAAUGGGAUUCCUACUGAAGAUGGUACUUUGGAAGAGGCACACCAGCUCCUCAGAGACUCUGCUUUGGCCAAUAAGGUCACAUUGGAGAUCGAGUUUGACAUUGCAGAAUCUGUUGUACCCAGCAGUGGCACUUUCCAUGUGAAACUUCCUAAGAGACGGGGGGUAGAACUUGGCAUUACCAUCAGUGCCAGUAAAAAAACUGGGAAGCCUCUCAUCAUCUCUGAAAUAAAGAAAGGAAGUAUAGCACACAGAACAGGCACUUUGGAGCCGGGGGACCGGCUGCUGGCCAUAGACAGUGUUCGUCUAGAGCACUGCACAAUGGAGGACGCCAUGCAUGUCCUGAACCAGGCUGAAGAUAUGGUCAAACUACGGAUACAGAAGGACGAGGAUAAUAUUGAUGAGUUGGAAAUGUCAGGCUCUAUAAUCUACACUGUUGAGCUGAAGAGGUAUAAUGGACCACUGGGCAUCACCAUUUCAGGCACUGAGGAGCCUUUUGACCCUAUCGUCAUUUCAGGCCUGACCAAGAAGGGCCUGGCAGAGAGAACAGGGGCCAUCCAUAUAGGUGACAGGGUGCUGGCCAUCAAUGGAGUCAGUCUCAAAGGGAAACCUCUUAGUGAAGCCAUCCACCUCCUGCAGAUGGCGGGAGAGUCGGUCACGCUCAAGAUCAAGAAGCAAACAGACUAUUCUGAUACUAGGCCUUUGCUGUACAGAGAAGGUGGAUAUCUGUGUGAUCUGGAUGACGAGCUUACAGACUCCCAUAAAACCAGUAAACUGUCAGAGGCCUACUCUGCCACAGUGCCCAGCGUGGACUCGGCCAUGAGCUCCUGGGACGGGUCAGGCUUUGACACAGGCUACAACAAUCAAGGUACAUAUCUUCACAAACCGUCUGACUUCUUGCUAAAUGCCAGUGACUGGCAACAAUCAAAGCACAGGAGUCAAUCAGGCUCCAACUCUGUUGGCCUGUCCCAUCACACCAUGUUAUUUGACGCAAGGUUUACUGAAGAUGAGUGGGACAAAGUACCAGGAUUUAUCAGCCCUCCCCGUUGCCAAGGGAAACUGAACCACUCUGAGGAUUCAAGUUUUUGGUCCCAGGCCUUGCAGGACCUGCAGACCUGUGGCCAGUCCGAGAUCCUCCGGGAUCUGGAGGCCUCAAUGACAGGUAGUGCUUUCAGUCUGUAUUUGGAAGAAACUAAAACUCUUGAAGACUCGAUGUUUCAGUCCGAAAAGUCUCCCUUUAGAAAGGAGGAAGACCUGGAGUCCAAGAACAACAAACUCAACAAAUUCAACAUGUCCAACGGACCCAGCAGAAUCUCCAAGAUGGAGGACGCCAAGGAGGACAAAUCUAAUGGUCUAGCUGCUUCAGCUCUUGAAGUACUCAAGGUAACAAUAAGGAAAGAUUCAGAGAGCCACGACUUUGGCUUCAGUGUUUCCGAUGGACUUCUGGAGAAGGGGGUUUAUGUGAACAUGAUCCGUCCGGAGGGUCCAGCUGAUCAGGGAGGACUAAAGCCCUAUGACCGCAUCCUCCAGGUGAAUCGUGUUCGGACCAGGGAUUUGGAUUGCUGUCUGACCGUGCCUCUCAUUCUGGAGUCUGGGCAGAGGUUGGACUUGGUCAUUAGCAGGAAUCCUGUGGCAGUGGGGCACUCUGGGCUGUUGGACAACUACAACUGCACUAACUCAUUAUUCGAUUCUGAGCCUAGGACCAACAGCAUUGCCCUCUGAAAAGUCAAAGACUUUUAAUGUUUUAACAGACCAUUAUUUUGUUUAAUACAGCCACAAGCUGCAUUAGUAUUUUCACUUCAGGCUUUCAUACAGGUAUACUGAAUUUAUUUCAACCUUAAAACUGCCCAUAUCUACCAAACCUCAUUGCUGUGUUAGGAUCUGGAGAUCACCUGUCUUGUCUGGGGACACCACAUGUUUGCAAAUACAUUUACUCACUAUUGCCAAUUAAACAAGGUUUAUCGACACUUUAAAUGACCCUCAACACUAUAUAUUUCUUUAGAUAUUCACUAUAGACACAACACACUGCCUCACUGCUUUCACUGUAUUUCAAAAAACACCCAUCUUCACACCUCAUUAUUACCUCAGAUCACCUUUUUUAUAUAACAUAUAGGCAGAUCUAUUUAUAUCUGUCCCCUAUACAGAAGACACGCCGCCUUGAAACCUCACAAACUGCAUGUGUGUCGAAUCCUGCCUGUUUUAGACACACGAGCAGCUGUAGGGCAGUCCACCCCCCCCAUGUUUCAAAGGCAAAGCCACCACAUGAAUAAGGUUAUAUAACAAGGGAGUCAGUGCUUCUGACUCGGCCAGGAUGUGCACGCCUGAACUCCCCAAAGCAUUAGAACACUACACACUUUUUAUUAGCUUAUCCAUCUUUCAGUUCACAUGGUUUUUGCAGAUUUUGCUUAUUGCUCACAUCAAACACUGAGUUGGAUUUUUCAGGAUCUGCCUUAGUGUCGAGUUAUUUUGGUCAUUGGCUCACUGCCCUGGUUUCCACUGGACAAUUUCUUAUAGGUGCCUGGCACAUAGCAUUAACUGUAUUUUAAAGCCACUCAAUUGUACCCUUACAAAACCAGGAAUGUGUGCCCUUUAAAAUAAAAUGUCCCACAUUGUUUAGGGUUCUGUGAAUGCCCCUAGAAAACCAAUUAAUUUAUGUUUCUGCACAAACUUCACAUUUUGGGUUUUCUGCUCAGCCCAUUUGAACUAAAAGUUACAAUUUCAAGUGUUUUAAAGUUUUGCAUCACUUACAUUUUUGUUAAUCACAUAUGUCUGCCUUCCGGGCUUUUCCUUUGGCUUGUUGUACACUGUAUGUUUUAAGCAUUAUUUGGCUCCUGUCGUUUACUGUGGCUCCAAGCAUGUUAUGCAUGCUCACUAUUUGUCCUUAUGGGGGGGUCACAGAGCAGAUCCCGAUUCACACACCCCUCUGUUUACAGAGGGGGACUCAUGAUUUCAUAAACAUGAUGCACUUUAUAAUAUCAUUUCUGCAGCUGCAAUCACAAGAGCCAAACAUACUUUGCUCCACCCUAACACUGCAUUUAUUUUUCCAAUAGCUUUUUUCUCAACAUUUUGGUUUCUGAUCAUGAAUUCUAAUUAUCAGCUAUUAUAU